GAGAGAAUCCAACAUGGAAAAUUGCAAACACUACAACCGAAAACGUUAACACUUAAAACACAAACUUGUUUAGGGGCCACCUUCUGGGGCGCCAUUCUCUUUUUCCUUUCAAAAAGCAAAGCUACCAGCUUUCUUUCCACAUUCUCUCUCUCAUUGCUACCCUGUUGGUGGAUAGCAAAAUUUCAGCAACCCCUUUGCAUCUGAUCUAAGAAUCCCAAGCUCAAGUACCCAUUUUUUGUCAUUUCAUGAUCUAGGUAAUAGAUCCUGAAAAUGACGAGGAUGACCCGUGAUUUUGGGGACACUAUGCAGAAGGAUGCAGUGCCAGCCGUGUCGGCAGAUGUAAUAUUUGCCUCCCUUCGGUUUCCUAAUUACAAAAUUGGAGCUAACAAUCAGAUCAUGGAGACCAAGGAUGAUCCAAAAGUGCUAUCAAUGAAGGAGGUUGUUGCACGCGAGACUGCACAGCUGUUGGAACAGCAGAAACGUCUGUCGGUUCGCGAUCUUGCCAGUAAAUUUGAGAAGGGUUUGGCUGCUGCUGCCAAGUUGUCUGAAGAGGCUAGACUCAGAGAAGCAGCUUCACUGGAAAAGCAUGUUCUUUUAAAGAAGCUCCGAGAUGCACUGCAAUCCUUAAAAGGGAGAGUGGCAGGAAGAAACAAGGAUGAUGUAGCGGAAGCUAUUGCUAUGGUUGAAGCUCUAGCAGUUCAGUUGACUCAAAGGGAAGGGGAACUAAUACAAGAGAAGGCUGAGGUUAAGAAGCUAACAAAUUUUCUUAAGCAGGCUUCUGAAGAUGCUAAGAAACUUGUGAAUGAGGAAAGAGCUUUUGCUCGUUUUGAAAUAGAAAAUGCCAGGGCAGCAGUGCAAAGAGUGGAAGAGGCACUUCAGGAGCAUGAGAGUAUGUCUCGUGUUUCAGGGAAGCAGGACCUGGAACAAUUAAUGAAGGAGGUUCAAGAGGCUCGGAGAAUCAAAAUGCUGCAUCAGCCAAGCAAGGUUAUGGAUAUGGAACACGAGCUUCGAGCAUUGAGAGUUCAACUUGCAGAGAAAUCUAGACUUUAUCUUCGACUACAAAAGGAGAUAGCAAGGACAAAGAAAGGAGAGGAAAAUGCUCCCCAUUUAUAUGAAUUAGAAGGAACUGAAACAUUAGGUUCUUAUUUGCAAAUUCAACCUUGUUCUGAUCAUGCCCCUGAACUGUCAACAUGUUCAAUUCAGUGGUAUCGUGUAUCAACUGACAGUGCUAAAAAGGAAUUUAUUUCAGGAGCUACCAAAUCAGUUUUUGCUCCCGAACCUUUUGAUGUUGGACGUAUGUUGCAAGUUGAUAUUAUUUCAGAAGGCCAGAAGGUUACAUUGUCAACUACUGGUCCAAUUGAUCCAGCUGCUGGUUUGGGAACCUAUGUAGAGGCACUUGUGCGAAAACAUGACACUGAAUUCAAUGUGGUUGUAACUCAGACUGGCUCAGACAAUCCAAUUGAAUCUAUUCAUGUACUUCAUAUUGGAAAGAUGAGAAUGAAGCUCUGUAAAGGAAAGACAACAAUUACCAAAGAAUACUAUUCUAGUUCAAUGCAGCUUUGUGGAGUUCGAGGAGGUGGGAAUGCUGCAGCACAGGCAGUGUUUUGGCAACCGAAGCAAGGUCUUUCUUUUGUAUUAGCUUUUGAGUCAGAGCGAGAGAGGAAUGCAGCCAUCAUGCUUGCAAGGAGGUUUGCAUUUGAUUGUAAUAUUAUUCUUGCUGGACCUGAUCACAAAGCUCCUUUAGAAACGUAAUUGGACCUCCUUCAAUAUUAUUUUCUCAACUGUAAUUAUUUGAGUUUUCCUUGUAUUAUAAGUGUGUAACAGUGAAAUAUGCCUUUGGAUAAAUUGUGCUAAGGAUUCAUACCUCGAGGUCUGAAUUCCUUUAUUCAAUUUUCUUUCACCAACACCAGGGCAUGUUUUUGUUUGCCUUUGUGAGUGACACUUGAUGAAAUUUUUAGAGCUUACAUUAUGGAAUUGGUGGAAGCUAUGUCCAGCAUACGUUUGAGGUGCUAAUUGAUUGUAUUUGAUUGAUCCAAGUACUGUGAAAAUUCUCUGUAUUGGAUUUGUAUUUGGAUACUUGCAUCUCGUGGGCAGGGGUUUUUGUGAGACU